AUGGCCAAUUACUGUAAUUCCACAAUCAAGGACAAGGACAGCUUUGGCUCAGAGCCUGCCCGGGCCCAGUGGGGAGAGGAGAAUGGAGAAAGCGUAGCUGCCACCGGCCCCAUGGACGGGGCGAACCAGACGCAGGUGACAGAGUUCGUCUUCCUGGGCUUCUCCCGCGUCCUGCAGGGCCAGGCCUUCGUCUUCCUGGCCUUCCUCGCCAUCUACCUCGUCACCCUGCUGGGGAACUGCCUGAUCCUCACCCUCAUCGUGCUGGAUCCCCAGCUGCACAGCCCCAUGUACUUCUUCCUCGGCCACCUCUCCUUCCUGGACAUGUGCUACUCCUCCGUCACGCUGCCCAAGAUCCUGGCCAACCUGCGGCACCAGCGGGAGACCAUCUCCUACCGGGAGUGCAUGGCACACAUGUUCUUCCUCAUGACUUGUGCCGGGGCUGAGUGCGCACUCCUGACCAUCAUGGCCUUUGACCGGUACGUGGCCAUCUGCAAACCCUUGCACUACACCCGCAUCAUGAGCAGGGGCAUAUGCAUCCUGUUGGCCAUGGCAUCCUGGCUCUGGGGCAUCCUGGACUCGGCCAUCCACACCUUCCUGGCCACCGACAUCUCCUUCUGUGGAGCCAACCAGAUCCACCACAUCUUCUGCGACGUCCCUCCCCUGCUGAAGAUCGCCUGCAGUGACACCUACGUCAACGAGAUCACGUUACACUUGGCCAGUAUCUUCAUGGGCCUGAGUCCAUUUGUGCUCAUCAUCAUCUCAUACCUCUACAUCCUGCUGGCCAUCCUCCGCAUCCGCUCCAACACGGGCAGGCGCAAAGCCUUCUCCACCUGCACCUCCCACCUGGUCGUGGUCACCCUCUACUUUGGGAUGGCCAUCCUGAACUACAACCGUGGCUACUCCUUGGAGGUGGACACGCUGGUCUCCACACUGUACUGCAUCCUCACCCCCAUGCUCAACCCCCUCAUCUACAGCCUCCGCAACCAGGACGUGAGGGGCGCCCUGAGGAGGACCCUGGGGCACCAUGAGAAGGACAACGCAUCCCCACGCGCACAGCCAGGUGUGGACUAA